CUGUAUUAUGGUGGAGCAGUAGUAGACCACUUGUAGGGGACAUAAAAGCUCAGAGAGAGGAGAGAGAAAGAGAAAAGGGUAAGAGGAGAGAGAAAUAGAGGGAUGGUUAAUGCCCUUCAGAAAAUAACACAGAGCAUUAGAAAAAAACACAUUUAAGAGAGAGAAGCUUGCAAGCUUUAUUACCUUUUUUAUGAUGCACGCAUCCAUGGCAGAACUUACAAUAACAGUACUUACUUCCUCUUCUUCUUCUUCCUCCUCCUUCUCUACCAUUCAUUUCUAGACUUAACAAAAAUAACCCUUCUCCCUUUUCAUCCCUUCUCCAAAAAGCAAAACAAUGUUUACAUGAACAAGCAAUCUUUCUUUUUUUCUUUUUUUUUGUGUUGAAGUGAAGAAAUUAAAAAAAAAAACUUGAAAUGUUGUUGGAGGAAGGAAUAGAUAUGGAAAAUCCUUUAAGCAUCUUUAUUACAAGCCAAGGAAGAUAUUAUUUUUACCAAAAAUUUCAUCCACAAAUUUUGUGAUAUGGGUUUUUAGCUUGAGAAACUAUGAUGCAAACUAUGCCCUACAAUUUGCAAGGCAAGGGUGUGGUUGAGGUUUCAAGUUUAAUUUCACAAAUUUCUCCUCCAAAUUGGAAGAGUUUAGACAGAUUACAUCUCCAACAACAACAAAAUUCAUUAACAAAUCAAGUUUUAGAAGAAGAAUUUGUAGAAGAAAAUCAACAAAAGCAAAUCUCAGCAAGUAUAAGAGAAACAAGUUCAAUUGAAAGUGAACCUACAUCUACUCUGGAGACAACUAGAAGAAGUCCAAGUACUCAUACAUCCACCUCAACUCUUUCCUCAUCUUUUACUGAUAAGACUACUGUACUUGAACCAGCCGGUGUGGCGGACCCCGCAUGUGCCCGGAAAGAGGAUUGGUCCUCGGAGCUCCACCAUCUUCACCCAGGAUCUGAGAGUAUUAUAAUUAAUCAUAAUGUAUCAGCUAAUCCGGGUUCGGGUCCGGGUUCGGGUUCUGGAGGGGAAAGAUUGGGUGUUGGGUCUAUUGGGAUGGAAGAUUGGGAUACCAUGUUUCCUAAUGGAGAUGGGGCUUUAUUACCUUGGAUUAUUGGUGAUUCUGAAGACCCUAGUUUAGGGUUAAAGCAUCUUUUACAAUCUGGGUCUAAUCCUUGUGUGGAUUAUGAUGGUGUUGUUGAUCAAGCUUCUGGGUUUGAUUCACAAAGUCAGAAUCUUUCACCAUUUUUGUCUAACCCACAACAUUCAAUUGGUGCUGUGGUUGCUUCUGAAGGUAAUGGAGGUUCUGGUUUUGUUGGGUCUGAAUUUGGUGGUAAUAAUAAUGGUAAUAAUGCUAAAAUUGGGGUUUCUCCAAAUUGUUCAUCUGGGGUUUUGAAUGUUAGUGGUAAAAUUUCUAAUAAUGGGUUGAAUUCUUUAAAUGGUAUGAUUUUGAGUUCAAGUCCUGCAAAUUUCCCAAAUCAAUUUGAAGUUGGGGAUGAAAAACCUCAAAUUUUCAACCCCCAGAUGGUGAUGAAUUCACAACAAGCUCAGAGUGUUGGAAACCCUAGCUUUCUGAUGCCUCCUUUAGGUUACUGUCAGUUGGACCAACAUAUGUUGCAACCUCCUACAAAGCGCCAUAACCCGGGUGUUGUUCUUGACCCGAAUCUUAUGGUGAAAAACCCGUUUAUUGACCCGGGUCAUGAGCUGCUGUUGCGGAAACAGCAACAUCAGCAGAUGGGUUUACAGCAGUUUCCCAUUGGUUUUCCGCCACAAUUGAUUGCACCCCAUCUCCAACAGAAGUCUAUGAUGGUGUCUAAACAAACCCAUCAGCAGCAACAACAGCAUUUCCCAAUGCCGGUCCUUCAGCAACAUCAAUUGCAAGAGCAGGCGAUAAAAGACCAGCUCUUCAAGGCGGCUGACCUGAUUUUAACUGGGAAUUUCUCACUCGCGCAAGAGAUAUUGGCGCGGCUCAAUCACCAGCUUUCCCUUACGAAACCUUUCCUUAGAGCGGCUUCGUAUGUGAAGGAAGCUCUACAAAUGCUCCUUUUGAUGGGCAACCCAGUUUCUGCUCCUCCGCCAAAGACCCUAACCCCUUAUGAUAUUGUCCAUAAAAUGAAUGCAUACAAGUUGUUUUCCGAGGUCUCCCCUAUUACCCAAUUCGUCAAUUUCACUUCCACUCAGGCCAUUCUCGAGGCUUUCGAUGAUUCUGAUGCUAUUCAUAUUAUCGAUUUUGAUAUCGGUUGUGGUGCUCAAUGGGCGUCUUUGAUUCAAGAGCUUCCCUUGAGAAAAAAGGGUGCUCCUUCCCUCAAAAUUACAGCCUUUGCUCCAAUGUCCUCUAGUAACCCCUUUGAACUUACCCUAAUUCGCGAAAACCUUUUGCAAUUUGCCAAUGAAAUUGGUGUCGCAUUCGAGCUACAAGUCAUAAAUUUGGAUUUGUUUGAUCCCUCUUCAUGCUCCAUGCCUAAUUUUCGAUCCUCAGAGGAUGAGGCUAUUGCUGUUAGUAUCCCCAUUUGGUCGUUCUCUAGUCGCCCCUCCAUACUUCCACCCAUUCUCGAGUUUAUCAAGCAGCGUUCACCUAAGAUCGUAGUCUCUUUAGAUAGAGGGUUUGAUCGUUUCGAUGUUGCUUUUCCGCAGCAUCUUGUUCAUACCCUUGACUCGUGUACUAGUCUCUUGGAGUCGCUUGAUGGUUUAAAUGUAGCUCCCGACAUUGUAAGCAAGGUCGAAAAGUUCUUCAUCCAGCCUAGGAUCGAAAACACUGUAUUGGGUCGUGUUCAUUUCCCCGAAAAGAUGCCCCAUUGGAAGAACCUAUUCGCCUCAUCCGGUUUUUCACCCUUUCAAUUCAGCAAUUUCACCGAAACGCAAGCAGAUUAUGUGGUGAAGAGAAAUCCGGGGAGGGGAUUCCACGUAGAAAAGCGACAGGCAUCGUUAGUGUUAAGUUGGCAAAGGCGCGAGCUCGUGGCAGCAUCGGCAUGGAGGUGUUAAGAAGCUGCAACACCAAGUGAGGAGGUUUGCUUCUAAGUAUUGGUCACAUUGUAUUUCAGGAGGUUUUGAACUGUUUUUAUGUGAUGCUUAAUAUUGUCAAUAAUUAGAAGCUAUGUUGAUUAUGACACCUCUUAUUGUGACUUAUAACUCUUGAAUCUCCUUUGAUUGUGAGCUUCCUUGCUUUCAUGCCUUUAAAUCCGGCGUAUUAUUUUUCUAUGUAAAACCAAACUAUUAACUCUAAAUUCUAGUAGCUUUUUUAUUUGUCUUUUGACAUUCUAAUCAUUAAGGAUCAUAUUUUCUUGUCCCUGUUGUGAUUCAAUGUUAAUUUGCUCGAAAUCGAACGUUGAUGUUGUGUUGUGUAUGUAUGGAUCCGUGGAUAUAGUUGUCUAUUGAUAAUGUUCGUGAAUUAACAAAAAUGUUGUGUAUGGCAUUAUCGCUCUCUUUUGAAGCAUCCAUUGAUUCGCAACAUAAUUUGAAAGCCAUAUUUCGACCAGGGCGUUUUCGGGUUGCCCCUAAUUUCGUAUUGAGCGGUAGAGAAAUGUUGAUAGUUAAGCACUGUUAUGUAUGGAGUUAAUCUCGUCAUGAUUUGGUGAUUGUCAAUUGUUAGCUUAUCAAAUUGAUUGGAUGGAAGCCAACAUCAAGGGCUUCAUCUAUUUUUGUUUGUGUGUUGAUUUGCUAUGGACUAGAUGACCUUGGACACCCUUCUUAGAUUGUGACUGCUUAUCUUAUCCUUGUAUUCUCAGUGAAGCCAGGUAUGUUUCUUAGCAAUCCAGCCUCUUUUAACAUUUGUCUUGUUGCUUUCAUGUUGAACAUUUUUGGUGACCUUGAACAACCGUAUGUUAGUAUAUUCUAUCACGACCACUAACACGAGAGCCUUGUGAGCAGGACGUCCUUUGCAUUAAUAAUUCCACUUAAAAGAAGGGGUAGAUGAGAUUCGAACCAUGAUUUAGGCUUCAAAGGAUUUUCUCGAUUAAAAGUUCAAGCUGAUGGUUUCUAUCGCUCGAAAAUGUACCUUUUUUGUUGGAAUUACUACUAGAUUUGUCAAGAAUAUAUGUUUACCUUAUCCUUCUAAACUUAGACAAUUAUUGAUUGGAAGAGUUUUGACUCUAAAAGUUGUUUUUCUAUCCCUUAAAAGUAAAGGGGCACUUGAAGAAUAUUUUCUUGUGUUCUCUAAAUUUGAGGAGUAGCUAAUUGUUCUAAUAUACCUCACUUUGUUAUGGGGGUUUGCUCGAUGUUAGUUUGUGUUGAUAUUUUAGAUGAUUGUACUUUCUUGGAAGUGAUUUGGGAUACUAAUUAGUAAUUAGGACUACUAAUCCUUAUCAAUGAAGGGAAAUGAUUGGGUUAUUGUAAUGAUUAAUAAUCUAAACAUGGGACAUGGUUUAGUGAAAGUUUUCUUCUGCAUUGAACUUAAACUAAUCAAGUUGCCAUUUUCUAUACAUUUUGGUGCCUCGAGAUCUUUUGUUUGUUGAGGAAAUACUUUGUUGUGAGAUAAAAAAAAAAUAUACUCUUUUUGACCUAUUCAAUUUGCA